GCCACCGACGUUCGAAAAUUUGACGUCCCUGACCUGAUCUCACAUUCCGACUUUGGAGAGCGUCUCACUUGCGUGCACGCUCUUUCCUGUGUUCUACCAACUGUCUUGAUCCUCUCCAACCUUAAUUUAAAGCGUAAACGCACAUUCAGUGCAAUCAUUAUGUCUCAGAAACUCGCCGACGCCGCUGUGGAAGGCGCAGAAGAGGAGCAAGAGGAGAGUGAUGAAUAUGAUGACUUCGAAGAGGUAUGCUUUCUGUCAGACUUUUUUGUUUCAAAAAUUAGAUCGUCUCCUUGCUACAAGGAGGUCGAGUACAUCGAGGAAGAAGACCAUGAGGAAUAUGAUGAAGAAGCCGGUCCCAGCGGACAGGGAUCUACCUUAACGGCGUUGUUGCUCGGCGAGGGUGAUGAGGCAGACGGAGAAGAAGACGAGGAGGAAGACGAGGAAGACGACGAGGAAUAUCAGGAGGGUGAAGAUGAGGAGGAAGCUGAGCCUACGUCCCCCGCAAUUAGCUUCGCAGGAACAAAGCGCAGUCGAGACGAAGACGAAGAGAAGCCGAGCUCGAAUACAUCUGGCGAGGAGCUCCAAGACGACUAUGGAGAGGUGGAUGAAAACAAUGAGAUUGUCACGAAGAGGGCCAGAACUUCGCAGGAGGAAGAAGAGCCUGAGGAAGAGGAAGAGGCUUGAGCUUGUCAUGAUUCACAAGUGUUUGUUAUUUUUAACUAAUUGUUCUUCCUCUCGUUGUAUGGACCGAUGAACAGUACUCGUGCAAUGUAUUAUCCGGUGGUCACUAGUGCAACAUACAUUCCGAUCCAAUCAUUGCAAAUCCUGCGACCCUGCAACAUGCUUCACAAGUCAAUUGCGGAAAACCUUGGCAAGAUACCGUUCGAGACCACUCGCAUCUCGGACGAAUGCACCGACCAUCCAAUCCUGG